UUAACCUUUUUGGUCCCCAAUGUAUCAAAUUCGGACCAUUUUGGUCCCCAAUAAAUGAAUUGGAGACAUUUAGUCCCCCAUGUUUCUAAAUGUGUACCGAUGUAGUCCCCACCAGUCACACCGUUACCUCUAACGUUAAAACAAGGGGCAAUUGUGUCUUUUCCCCACCCCCAACCCUAUUAUCCCGCCAAAACCAUACACUAACCCACCUGGUAACCCUUUUAUCCCGCCAAAACCAUACACCCAUUAUAUAUACAUUACCUGUGAAAAAAAAACAGAGUACACCAGUUUCUUCUCUCUCUCUUCCAUGGCUUCUUCUUCCUCUGCAACUACCCAAUAUGAGUACCCUACUUGCUUGUGUGGGAAUCCAGUCCCCCUUCGAAGGUCAAAGACCAUUGCUAAUCCAGGAAGACGAUUCUUAGGGUGCGCCAAUUACGAGAUAAAAGAGAAAAGAUGCAAAUACUUCUAUUGGGUUGAUCCACCAACAAGGGAGAACGAAUUGGAGGCAAAGAAUGCUGAGCUAGAGCACCGACUAGAAGACAUGGAAAAAAAGAACCAACAACUAAGCAAAGAGAACAAGAAGCUGAAGAAGAAAUUGAUGGCAGUGGAGGCUAAAAUGAACUCCUACAAAUUAUGGUGUAUUAUUCUAAUGGUUGUAUGCAUCAUGUAUUGGUUCACAACAAAAAAUGGUCAUGUUGGAAGUGUCAAGUAUCUGCCAUGAAA